AUGGAUCUUGAUUGGCCACCCCUCCAAGGGGAGCUAAUGACGAAGCUGAAAUCAUGCUUUACAAGCCCCCGGCAGCUGCACUACGAUUUUGACGAUGACAGAGGUGCGCGCAGAUUGGUGGAGAUACUGUUGCCAGGGAUGGGGGCAAGUAAUCUUCAGCUUGCAGUCGAUCAGCUUGUCAAAUGGCACAAGGAAGGUGCAGGCGUCGUGGCACACGCCAAGAGAGUAGCGAGAGCGGGUUUGAUGGAGAGUUUGGUGGGGCAGCAUACCGUUUCUGCUUCGGCCACAUCUGAAGCAUUCGAUAGACUUGCACACAGCAACCCUCUUUCGCUGCUGCCUGCAAUUGAAAGGGCCAGAAAGGCCAGGGAGAAUAGUGUGGACCCAUCAAAGAGGGCGGCUGAGGAGAAGGCCGCCAAAGCAAAGUACGCCAUGCUCUUGUAUAAUAUCCUGGUUGAAGCGAAGACACCAAUAGUGGAGAUCUUGAAAGAAGUCGCUGAUCCCGAAGAGGCAUGUGUGCGUAUCUUUGGGACGAGACGGUCAAAGACUCUUAGGAAUCGUUAUCAUUCUUGGAACAAGUUCGGGAGAUGGCUGGAGGUUUCGAAGGGCCGCGUCUGGCCAGCCGGGCUGCAAGACCUUUUGGAUUAUGCUACUGAAGCUGUCAAGGAGGGUGCAGGAAAGACGACCAUAGAUGCUUUUGCGGCAGCGCUUUCUGUUCUGGAACAGGUCGGACGCGUCGGGGAAGGUGAUAUGCUGUCUAGGGAUCCUACAUGGGUGUCGUACAGCAAGAAUGUCACUGCCGAGCUGGUGGAAAAGGGGCCAGUGCUGCAUCAGGCGGCGCAGCCUACUGUAGCUAUGGCGCUUUCACUUGAGCUGUACGUGUUUGACGAAGAUAGAGUGAGAUACGCAAGAGCGAUGGCUUUUGUUGCACUGCUGAUGCUUUGGGGAAGCAUGAGGUCAGAUGAUGUUCAGUGCAUGAGGCCAGAGAGCAUGCGGCUCACGAUAGAGGGUCUUUCUUGCAAACUUUGGAAGACCAAGACGACGGGUCCAGAUCGGAGGAUCAACAUGGUGCCUCUCUUCAUAUCCCGCAAGGCCAGUUUCUCUGGUUUGGAUUGGUUGAAAAAGGGACAUCAGAUUUGGUCAGAGAUUGAAUACAAGAGGGAUUUCUUGGUUUUGCAAGCUUCAGACGAUUGGGAAACGUGUGGCAACAAAGGGGUGGAUGCCUCUGCUGUGUCACUCUAUGUGCGCAAGAUCUACAAGGAGCUUUGUGUUCCACGCUGGGCCGAGGGCCGCUGGAUACAGAACAAAGAGCGUCUUUUGCUUCCGGGAGAUUGCGCAUUACAUUUCUCUGGGCACUCUGCAAGAAACUUCCUCACCUCGAUUGCUGCUGCCAUCAGGGUACCUAAGGACGACAGGGACUUCCUCGGCCGCUGGAAGGUCGGUGGAGGGGGUUCGGCUGACUACACGAGGACAGCUCGGCAGAUAGUACAUCGCAUCCAGGAGCAGGUGACUGAGGUUGUUCUGCUUGGGAGAGAACGAGGCUACGUGGAGGCUGAUGCACUAGAUGCAUUACAAAGCUUCGCAGAGGAGAGAGGCGAGAUUGGUGCGGUGAUCAGGGCAAGGCACGAACGGGCGACCAAGGUUGGGGGGAACCCCCGGCUUGGCGGGCGCUACCCGCCUCUCUACAUGCAGAGCAUCCCUGGGCCACACGUGAUCGCAGAGGAGGCGGAUGAGGACCAGCGUGAGUCGGCAGCCGCUCCUAAGGAAGAGGCCAAGUAUUUCAUUAGUGUCAGCAAGAAGACAGGGCGCCGCUUGCCCAGACCAGGGAUGGCAGUGACUGAAGCAGAGAUGCGUGAGAGAGUCAGCGGAGUCGAUGCUGACUUGCAAUAUGUUUUGCAGGAGGCCGGGGCUUCCCUCGCCACACAAUAUGCCGUGUGCAACGUGCAUACCACGCUUCGCAGAUUCCAGGCUAUCGCCGAUGAUCGUGCUGGUUCGCGCACGGCUGCGAACACAGACUUUGGAGUGCCAGCGGACACCCCAGCAGGGCGCCAGCAGACGGCUGCCAUAGUGGCAGCGUGGGAACUCGCUAAAGAGAUUAGCUCGAAAGAAAUAGAACUCCGUGCAGAGGCCCGUGCGCUCAAUCAGCCCAGGAUUUUGCAGACCCAAGAAAGGCAGGCAAUGAUGCGUGCGGUUUCGGCCGCUUAUGGCAAGCUUAACGAGGCUGAGACACCAAGCGCUGAGUACUUGGCAUUGAAAGCAGAAGAGACAGAGCAGAAUGAGCCAACAGCAGCCCAGCUUGACACCAUCACGUCGAAGCGAGGCUGCUUUGUGCUUGAGAGCCCUGAGGACCUGGGUGCCACCAAGGAUGGUGAGCGGCUUCAGCUCCCGCCAUACAGCUUGUGGCCCACCUUUGAUGCUCAGGGCUUGACAGGCCUGAGGAAGGCAUGCCACGACUUCCCGCUGGCCACCAAGUGCUUGGUCCGUUUUGUUCGGAGUGUGCGUCCUUUCCAUCCUUUCAGCACCAUCAGCAUCUACGACAAUGUGUGCACUGCCCUCCACAAGGACAGCCGUAAUGCUUGCUGCGAGAACUUGAUAAUCCCUCUUACCCAGUUUUCCGGGGGCGAGUUGUGGCUGCAACAAGACAAUGGUGCUAUACCACAGACCUUUGGAGGCUCUGAAGUGUUUGGGACGGCCAUGCCGAUUCCCCACGAAGGCCUCUGCUUCGAUGCCCGUGGCAUCUUGCAUUGCACCAUGCCUUGGAAGGGCCGCCGACUGAUUGUCGUUGCAUUCACGGUGUCGAAGACUGAGGAGCUGAAGCAACCGGACCUUGGAUGCCGGGGAACUGUCAUGUCAUCAACGGAGAGUUUGGAAUCGGACCCGCCGGCUGGUGGAGUGGACCAGCAAGCAGAUGAUGUCUUCAGACCAGAGCUUUGUGGCAACUUCGGAAAUCCCUUGAUGCUGGAGUGGGACGGGAGAGAGUCGCCUAUCACUCACGGCUAUGGUCUUUGUUCUCCAACGCGUUGGCAUCCUGCCUCCCGUGGAGCAUCGCUACCAAAGCAAUCAAAGGACCUGUCAAGACGCUUGAAUGGCUUGGUGCAGCAGUUUGUCGCAGAGCAGGUGCCAGACUGCCAAUUGUUAGCACUCAAGUUGGCCACCGGGCAGAUUCUGGAAUCGCCUUUCGAUGAAGGUGCGAUGCGACGCCUUCGCGAGGACUGGGCUGCACUUGUAUGUGAGACUGACGGAGCCAAACACGAAGGUUUGCUGGAAGCUGCCUUUGGAAUCUCAGCUGACGUUAGUGAAUGGUUCUAUCAACUUUGCUUCGUGGACGACAUCCACGGUGUGUUCACUGGAGCACAGAAGUUCCGAAAUCUGGUGAUGACAGACGCAAAGUGUGCCGACGGAUUCGUCGUGUUGGCCGAUUGGGAGUUAAGUGAUGACACUAAGACUUCUAAGUGGUUUUCGCUGCGCUUGACACCGGGUGAUGCACCGUACUUGUUUGAUCAGGAGGGAAAAUCACAAUGGGCAUCAGGCUCAGCAGAACUGCUAGCAACAUUGGCGGCUCUUCACAUUUUCGGAUACUUGACAGCCUCUGUGGACAGAAAGGAAUUGGACAUUGAGUGCGCUGCGGACACAGACAAUCAGGGCAACUCGAGAUUGCUCAAGAAGGGGUCAUCAACAAAGUGGCCACUCAUGUUGAUCAACAUGCAGUUGUCUGACUUGCUUCUUCGCUCUUCAGUGAAGCUCCUCCUACGGUGGAGGCCGCGCGAUGAGAAUCAGUACGCAGACCAACUUACCAACGAGAUUUUCACCAACUUCUCGGACGAACAUCGCAUUGCAUGCACAUACUCGGAUUUGCCCCUUUCGCUUCUGCAACAGUUUUGGGAGACCAAAGAAAGCUUCGACUCAGCACGAAGGGCUCCGGCCGUGCUGCAACAGGAUGCCUCGGGGCAUCGACAGACACGUGCUCCUGCCCUUGCAGUCGGUGCACAAAGCGCGCCCGGGCCUGCCCCCUCCAGCCUUGCCGCCGGCAGUACGCCCGGCCCCGCCUUUCUCAGUCCACAGCCUUAUCAGAGCCCGGUCCUUGCAAGUGCCGCUUCCUUCGAUUCUGCCCAGGCGCGCGGUUUCCGCCUGCCCUCAGCAAAGGUGGCCUCCACCAACCGCCGGGGCCUCGACCCAGCUGGCGUGCCAGCCUUCUGGGACUCAGCCACCCAGUCAGUCAGCCUUUCACACGGCCACCGCCAAGAAGCCUUCGCUACGUCACCAUGCAGGAAAGGCCAGCAGGCCUCUAGAAAAGCCAAGGCCCUGGAACAGUGGAAGGAGCUACUCUGGCUCCUCGGGGACUCGGCAGACUUGUACCGUAGCCUUCAAGAGGCCAAGUAUUCCCAGCAGCUACUUACUCAGAGUAAACUGCCCUUUACUGCCGGCACACUGGAAACCUACUUGUCAGCCUGCAGACAGUUUGUGGAGUACCUCAUUCUCAACAGCCUCGACAUCAGUUCUAUCUCCGUGGCUAGCCUAGGAGACCUGCUAUGGGCAUGCCACUGCAGCCUGGAAGCACCGGCCCUGAGCCUAUGA